UCAGACAUUACUUGAUUCGCUCAUUUCACGUCAAGUGACCAAAACAUUCGCCUCUCAGCAGAAGGCGGAAGUAGCAUUAGCGGCUACCAUUAGCAAACGACCUUUCAUCUAAGACCUUACCAUAAUACGUCCAACAAACCCUAAUUGAUAAAGGUAUGCCACAGAAAGACCCGUGUCAAAAGCAAGCGUGUGCAAUUCAGACGUGUUUACAAGCUAACAAAUACGUGGAGAGCAUGUGUGAGGAUGUGAUCAGAGAGAUGCGGCGGUGCUGCAAAACACACGCUGCAAACUCCAUCUGCUGCUCCGGGUUUAAGGACUCAAAACCCACCGAGGACAGAAGUAACACAUAGCUCCCUGUGGGAUGCGUUUGGUGGGGAUAAUGGCUGAAACAUUGUGUCAAUGUUUUAUUGAGUGUGUAACACUCUAUACAGUGUGCUGAGCUGUAAUUUGGGAGAAUAGGAAUCUGUAAAACUGCAUUGAACUUUAAAUUAACUGUAUUAUUUAAAUCUGAAAGGGCCUUUUCCAUUGCAGACAUUUAGACAUGUCAUUGCAGAGAGGCCCUGGAGCAUGGAGUGUCAUAUUAUUAAUUACAUCUGUGUUUGUCAAGUCAAAACGUCACACCUCUCUGGAUAUUCUUGUACACCCAGCUGAACAUUAUAAUGUAAUCUGUCCAAACUAUUUAUUAAAGGGAAGUAAGAGUGAA